AUGGCCGCUAGUUAUGUUAAAAGAUGGUUGAGUGUUGAGGACAAAGUUUUCUUAGUGACUGGAGGCGCGGCAGGUGUUGGUGCAGGGAUCGUGAGGGCGCUCUUGCAUGAAAAUGCUAGACACGUCGCUUUUCUGGAUAUUGCAGACAGAGAAGGUUCAGCUCUAGAGUCUGAGCUGAUAACCAAGUAUGGAGCUCUGAAAGCAAAGUUCAUAAAAUGUGACAUUUCUGAUGAUGGACAACUCGCAGCCGCUUAUAGACAGGUGCUCGACAAGUAUCGUAGACUGGACGGAGUCAUCAACAAUGCUGCAGUAUUGACGGUGGAUGAAAGAAAUAUAAAGAGGAUGGUAGAUGUGAAUUUCACUGCAACAGUCAGCAGUACAAUGAAGGCGCUGGAAAUUAUGGGGGUCCACAAAGGAGGAGGUGGGGGCACCAUUAUCAAUAUUUCAUCCUUGUUAGCACUCAACCUUGGCAGUCAUCUCCCAGUGUACGCUGCUACUAAAACUGCUGUUCUACAGUUCAGUAUUGCUAUGGGAGCAGAGGAAGCAUAUUCAGAGAGCAAGGUGCGAGUCAUCACAGUGUGCCUCGGACCGACAGACACAGCCAUUUUGAAUAGGAGUAACUUGGACAACUUCGACAAAGACCAGCCAAUCGCGUCACGAGUAGAUGUCAGACAGAAGGUUGAAUCAGCAGUAUCAGGCAUACUGAAAGUAUUAGAAGAAGGGAAAAGUGGUUCCACGUGGAUUGUAAAGAACGACCAGAUAGCGUACGACUACACAGAAACAUUAAAUAAAGCAUUUUCAGUUUUAUCAGAUACAUAA